GAAUUUUUGCCAAACAGAGCUGUUUGUCCAAAUCCUGUAAAGCGGAAAAAAGUUAAAAAAUAAAAAAAAACUGGAAGGGGGAGGAUGAAGAGACCGGAAGAAGAGAAAGUCAUGGUGGAAGGCAAAGAAACACCUAAAAAGACGUCGAAGAAAUUACAGCCUGCUGGCAGAUCAAUUGAUACAUAUGCUGCACAGUGUGAAAAAUGCUUCAAAUGGAGGGUGAUUGAUACGCAAGAAGAGUAUGAAGAAAUUAGAAGUAAUGUCCAAGACAGGCCUUUCUUUUGCCAAACAAAACCUGGUGUGACCUGCAAGGACCCUGCUGACAUAGAUUAUGAUGCUACUAGAACAUGGGUUAUUGAUAAGCCUGGCAUCCCAAGGACCCCAGAAGGUUUUAAGAGAUCCUUAAUUCUCAGAAAAGAUUUUUCCAAAAUGGACGCUUACUACAUCACUCCAACAGGGAAGAAACUGAGAACACGCGGAGAGAUUUUAUCCUUCAUAGAAGCUAACCCAAAAUACAAAGAUGUAUCCCUUGAACACUUCAAUUUUACAGUCCCAAAGGUAAUGGACGACACUGUUCCCCCCAAUUUUCAGAAAAAAGGUACUAGCAGAAGUGGCAAUAAAAAGCACAAAACACUAAAAGAUGUUUGAGGGAGUCACCAACCAGCAAUCCUUCUGUGAAUUAGUUAAAUGUCCCUUCCAAUGUUAGUUUGUGAUGCAUGAUGAAUUAGGACCUUCAACAAAUUGUUUGAUCAGAUUUACGUUCUUGUUUAAUAGCAAAGGAUGUGUUAUCUAGUAUUUUCCAUUAA